UCCACAGGGUGACCACCUCUGGCACUGAGAACAUGGCUGUGGCCACUCAGGAUCAAACUGGCAACGUGAGCCAGACCAAGAUGGACUUUUGGGAUGGGAUGGAGUCUGUCUUCAUGAUGCCCAACAUCACCCCCACAGAGCGAAGGGCUGUCUGGAGUGCAGUGUCCAGAUACGUCCAACGGCAGCUCCUGCAGCACAAGGGGGUCCGAGUUCCCACCCUUGGCUCCUUCGAUGUGGUCCACACAGAGACCCCCGUGGGGGACAGGACUGUGACUCUCCAGAGGCCGAUGUUCUACCUGGCCAGGAACCUCGGGGGAGUCUCCAAUCUCAUGGACAACAACAUUGACCUGACUGGGGAUAAGCCACUGGAGCCUCUCAAAUACGCUGAGGUGGCCGUGGAGGCCUCUGUGUCCCGGAGGAAAGCAGAGAGCUGCAUCCUGGGCACCACCUCCCUGCUGUACCACUGCCUGGCCAAGGGCGAGAGCGCCGCCUUCAUCCUCAGGGACGUGGGCGUGCUCCUCAUCGAGGGCAGGAGGGCACACAUGAGGUUCUACCCUGACUUCCUGGAGAAGAUGACUGGGAAGAACAUCCAGGACAGGGCUACACUCAAGGUUCUCCAGCAGCUGGACCUGGUGGUGUCCCGGGAGGUGCCCGUUGCUUCCCUGGCGUUCACGAGCCGCAUCCUCAUCUUUCCCGAGUUUGAACCGGCGAGUCUGCCCCUGUCACUGCUCAGGGACCAUCUCAGGGCCUGGAGAGAUGUCCCUGGUGGGGACAAAGGGAAGCAAACAAAGAGUUUGCCACCUGUCGGGCGAGGCACGGAAGGGAGAUUUCCUGGCCUGGCUGUGCCCUCUGGCUCCACCACUAAGGCAGACAAGCAGCCCUGGCACGAGGGGGAUGAGGAGAUGAAGGACAGCUCUGGGGUCAGGAUGUGGCCCCAGACCCCUCCCAGCCUGUUGUGUCCUUCCAGGAAGCUGCCAGUGAUCCCAGGGGCUGCUGCUGCUGGAAAAAAGCAGUCUGGGACUGACCAAGCCAAGGGCAAACCCACCCCCAAGGGCCAAGGGGUCUCUGUCGUGCUGGCACCAGGCCCUGAGCCAGCACAGGGACUCAGACCACGGCCUGAGGCCUUCUGGUCGGUGCUGAAGGAGCCCCAGAAGAGCAUUUUGGCGGGAUACAGGUUCGAGCCCUCCCUGUUUGUGCCCCCCCUGCUCCCUGAGGGGCCCCCAGCCCUGAGGUCCCCCGUGCUGAAGAAGACAGAGGUGGUGGCCAGGGGGCUGUGGCCGUGGAUGGAGUGA